AAUCCCCAACGCGCAACUUUCACAAAUCGUGUUGUUUAUUGUUUAAACAUACAACGUUUCGUGUUUUAUCCACGUUUAACAACAAUGUGCGAAAAUGAAUCGUGGUAAAUAAUCAAAUCGCCCUUAAAAACACCGAAAUGCCGAAAUUCGCACUCCCACCACUCCACGACAAAAAAAAGCAAACAAGAAAUUUAUUUAAAUUAAGCUUAACACAUGAACAAUUCUAACGGACUAAUCCACUUCAAACGACCAAUUCGAAGUGUAGAAAGUUCAUCACCAAUUGACCCAUGUAAAUGAAUGUAGGCCGUGUUUUAAACAAGAAAAUGGGUGUAACAUAAGACGAAAUGACCGACGAACAGUUUGCAGCAGACUCCAGCAGCUGUUUCCCCAAAGUAUUCGACUCCUGGCAGCAAAUUUUGUCCAGUUUGAAUCUCAGACAUCCUGUGUACCCCCUCGAUCCCAUAGCGCCUGAAAACAGCGAGUUCUUCAUAGUCGAUGCGAAAAUACGGAUCAGAGUUAUACAUGUAGGACCAGACAGUGUCCACAAAGUUAGAUACAGCUUGGAGCAGGGAUCAAAGAGAAGUUCGCUGUCAGAGGAGUACUGGUUUACAAAAUGGAACAAACCGCUGAAAAUCGGGUGUAAUUGUUCAUUCAGAAGGUCUUUCAGACUCUCGACUUUAUCAAGUCACUCGAAUCGAUUGAAAGGCGAGGAAAACAAGGAGAGUAUUUCAAGUUUUGACGCAGUUCCAAAACGUAUUGUCAACGUUGAGACAUUUGUUGAAAGAAUAAUCCAAGAAACGAUUUUUGAAGCAUUUCAGGAAUAUUGUGUUUUGAGAAGUCAAGGGAAAGGAGUUGUGAAUUUAGGAUACCAAAAAAUAGACGACGAGGACGUCGUUUUACGAAAAAAACCUCUUCCAGUGAGCAAACAACCAACAAAGACGCACUGUUUGCACAAAAAACACGUUCAAAAAAGACCAUUCAUUCUUUUGCUGCAUGGAAUUGGCAACUCUGCAGAUGUAUGGUGGUCUAUCAUACAUAGUUUAGUUAAUAAAGGCUAUGAGGUCAUUGCCCCUGACAUGUUAGGACACGGCUACAGCUCAGCUCCGAAUAAAGCCAAUUCGUACACAUUUCAUAAUUUGUUAAUUCACACCAUUACCAUUUUUGACCAUUACACUGCCUCAGACGAUAAAAGAAAAUGUAUUGUAAUAGGACAUUCUUACGGAUGCAGCUUAGCGACAGCUCUAUAUAGACAUAGGGCAUCUCAAAUUUCCCAGUUAAUUUUAAUCAGUGGAGGAGGACCCACCCCCUUGGCCGCUCCCGUGAAAAAUAAUGAAAUUUCACCAUUCGGAUGUGUGCAUACGUUAUUCAAACCAUUAUUAUUUUGUGGCUUGAAAAGGAGUUUUUUGUUUUCAUCUCGUGGCAAACACUUCAGUAUCUGUGAUCCCGAAUCUGCUAUACCUCCCCAAAUCGUCGAGUAUCUGUCAAUGGGUCAAAACUGGCCCGAGGGAGAUGCGGCUUUUCAUAGACGAAUUCUUGUGCCAACGCUGUUGGUUCAUGGGUUGCAAGAUAAACAUAUAACGCUUGUGCAGCAGUGCGAAAUGGAAAGGACCAUCCCGAGGGCGUUCCUAGAACUUAUCCCAAACGCCGGACACAUGUCGAUGUUAGAGACUCCAGAACAUCUAGGUCACAUGAUUCUGUGUUUCAUUGAAACUUGGAGUUAAUGUUGAAAUAUUUUUGGACAAGUUUACCUGUAGUAAAGUAGGCUUAGCCACCGUUGUCAAAACUUACCCUCCCCGGAUCUAUUUUUUUAUAUAUUUAUUAGUAACUUAUUGUUAGUGUUUGUUGUUUAUAAGAAAAUACUUGACUAUUUGAUGUUGAUAAUCAUUAAUACUCUUUACGUGACAGAUACCUAUUUUGGUGCGCAUGUAUACGUACACCUUACCCGUCAAGGACAUUCGCCACCUGUAACCAAAAAACCCAAAUUACAAAUUAACGCUUUCGGUGUACUUUUUAACACGUGAUAUUCAACCAUGGAAUAACAAUCCGUCCAAACCGCGGGUACCCUGUUAACACUUCAAAUAAAUGUUUUAAACGUA